AGAAGUCCUGGUAGCCUCGGAAUAUGAUUGAUUCUGAGCCAUCAGACCAGCCAAGAUUCAAUUCAAAGAUAAAUCGAGACCUUCCAUUGUCUUCCCUCUCGUCUACAGACACCACAGACCCUGAUACCAGUCUUGGGAGCUCAGCCACCGGCUCUACUUCACCCAGAGAAGCCAUCCUGCAUUCUUUUGCAAAGUGCCAGCCCCACCCAUUUUAUUCCCGAGCCCGGUUUGUUCUAUUGCGCAUGCCUGGUAUUGAAGAUAAGAUUUUCGCGGGAAAUCCAAUAAUCAUGGCGGGCAGAGAACUGGAAAGAUUUAUGCGAGAGAGAAAAAGAGCAUACGAUAAGAAUAAUCUAAAAGAGGCUGCCUCCAUAUGUAACAAUAUAGGCCUCUACUACAGUCAGAUUGGUAAUCACCACAAGGCGUUAAAGUAUCAUAUCGAAGAGUGUCAACUCUCGGAGAGUAUUAAUGAUAAACUGGGCGUGGCAGUUGGUCAUCGUAAAGUGGGGGAGUGUCUUGCUGAGCUCGGCAGGUUUUCCGAGUCUCUGAAAGAAGAGGAACAGUAUCUCAAUUUAGCGGAAGACCUACAGAGUGGAGAAGAGAUACAAAGAGCUUAUGCUACUAUCGGGAAAAUAUGGUACGAGAGGUACAAAGAAGGUGAUGGGGAGGAGUCAGUAGGCGUGGCCAAAUACUUAGACAAAGCCAGUCAGGCAUAUAUACUAGCCCUCAAAGCUUGUGAUGGUUUAGUGGGCGUGGUCACUGAGAAAGAACUUCAAGAAAUGAAAGGACGACUUUAUCUUAACUUGGGCCUUGUAGCUGAGGAUAAUAAAGACUUGGAAUCUGCUGAAAAGCAUUACGAAGAAGCUUGUUCUUUAUCAAAGAAGUGCGACUGUCAUAAACUUACUUGGCAAAGUUUGUUUAAUUUAGCCGGUAUUCUAAUUAGUGCCCGUACACCGAACCGUGCUCUUGUUGUACUAGAGGAGAGUCUGAGGUUUUCUGAAAAGAGCAAAAUCAAACACGAUAGAUCGGUGACACUCUUUCAGAUUGCCAUGGUGUACAUUAAGCUUGUUGAUUUCCAAAAUGCAAAGAAAUAUAUGAAAUUAACAUUAAAAGCAUCAGAUGAGGAUUGGCCUGAUGAUGAAUACCAGCAACUAAUAAAGAAAUAUAAGCUGGUUAAUAAGAUAUUAUCGCUCAGUCAGUCAGUUACUGGUGAAGGAGUUUAUGAUGACGUGAGGGAGAAGAUUAAAGUGUAUGAUAGACUAGGGGACAUGUGUGCCAAUAAAGAGUAUCAGUUUUAUGAAGCAGCUGUCAAAUUUUAUCAGAAAGAGCUGCAUUUGGCUGAGGUACAUGGUUUUGAAAUGAAGGAUAUCUCAAGGAUAUAUUUCUCAAUAGCGGAGACGUAUUGCGACAAUGGACAGUACAAAGAGUCUCUUGAAUAUCAUCAGAAAGAGCUACAAAUGUGGCAAAGUCACCCAUCUGAAGAAGCCUGUAGCUGGGCUAACAUGGCUAGAGUGUAUGAAUCUUCUAAUGAUGUGAAGAAAGCAAUGCAGGCGUAUCACACUGCAAUCGAGCUAGCAUCAUCUGUCAAUGAUUAUAAAUCACUAAUAGAUACUUAUGAUUCGUUAGUAUCAUAUUGUACUAAUAGUCCUGAUCUUGAGGAACAAACUGAAAAGUAUGAGGAGAAACUUGAUACUUUACUAGCCGAACACCCUGAACUGAAGCGACCAAUCAAAAUGGAGGGAUCAGAAGAGGCCACGCCCCUUGAUAGUGAAGACCUAAGAGAGGAGCUUGUCCUGUCGUCGUCAGAAUCAGAAGUAGAGGAAGAGGAAAUUGGUUUAGUUGACCACACCCACCAAACGAGACAGUUAAGAGGUAUGGCAGUUCGAAGGAAAGCCAAACACAGCAAGAGAAACGAGAAAGGAGAGACUCCAUUACAUGUUGCUGCCAUUUCUAAUCAACUGAACCGAGUCAAAGACUUACUAGCUGAUGGAGCUGAUGUCAACGCUCGUGACUAUUGUGGCUGGACUCCGCUUCACGAGGCGUGUAACCAUGGCAACCUGGGCGUGGUCGAUUCCUUAUUGAGUCACGGUGCUAGUAUCAACGAUGUUGGCGGAAUGCACUGUAACAUGAUCACUCCUUUAAUGGACGCUGUCAGUAACGGACAUGUGGGUGUGGUCUCGUUGCUAUUGGAGAGAGGAGCUGAUAUAUCUAUCAAAAAUAAAGAGGGUAAAUGUGCUCUUGACAUUAUACUGGAUGCUUUAGUUAAAGAUAAAGAUGACAUUGAUUAUAUCGAAAUCAGAGACAAAUUGAUUGAAGCAACUAGGGCACAAGGUCUGCCAAGACAACGGACAGGGCAUAGUGUCCCUCCUCCUGUAGCAAUAGUCCACCCACUUCAACAAGAAGACAUUGAGAACAUGGAGACACUCCCGUCACUAAUACCAGUAGUAUCAGAUGAAGAGGAGGAAGAGGAAGUGGGUGGAGUCAUUGCCGAUAAAGAUGGCUGGUUAUUAGAUGACAUGGCCCCUCCCAAUAAAAAGAGAAGACGGACACACCCACUUACCAGACGAUCGAGUAACCAUGGCAACCAGAGUCAGUUUACUCAAAGGAGGCGGAGCAAUCCACUGGAUAUGGAGGUAGAACCUUUUUGGAACGAAGACUCAAAUCACAGCAAUCCUGAUUUAUGUAUCACGCCUACUCAAUCACCACGCCCACUAGCCUAUGUGCUUCCUUCACCCACUCAAUCAUUAGUUCCACCCACUCAAUUACUUGCUCCACCCACUCAAUCAUUAGCUCCACCCACUCAUUCAUCAUUUGUUAGAAUCAAAGUUCGACUUGACGAUGGUACAUUUCUUGUACCGUGUCCAUGGCAACAGGACGAUGGGGCGGAGACAACCAUUGGGUCGUUGGCCGAGGCAGCUAGUGAACGUUAUUUCCAUCAGCAUGGCCGACGCCCUGUUCUAUCCUUGACCACGUCAGAGGGUGCGUUCCUCUUCCCCACUGAUAGACUUGUGGAGGUUCUACAGGAAGGGGAUGAGGUAGUAGGUGUGGUCAAACACUGGGAAACUCCGCCCAUUGCUCAACACUACGAGUCCAUCUGUGAUAGAUUUAAAUCAAGUGUUCAUUCCGGUUUACUUCAAUUGUUUCAGAGCUCAACUUCACCUUCUCCCUCCUCUCUCUCUUUCUCUAACCUCACUCUACAGCCCAAGCACUGUCCCUCUCUAUGUCACACGCUAUUAGCUUACCCUUCUCUCUCCUCUCUCUCUUUCUCUGGUCUCCUCCUCACUGAUUCUUCACUGUCUCAUUUUGGAAAGCUUCUUUCUAACCUGCCAACACUGUAUCACUUAGACCUGUCCUGCACUGGAAUCACUAGCACUGGAUUGCAGAGUCUUUCUCUUGCACUAGCAACACAAACAACCUCUGCUACCUCCAACCCUCUUCCUCUGAAGUCGCUGAAACUGAGUCACAAUGAGUUGGGACCUUUCGUCGCCUCCUCCCUCUCUCUCCUUCUCUCUCGGACUCCUUCACUCACCCACCUCUCUCUCGCUGACUGUGGUAUAACAGGGUAUACACUGGAGGCACACACUGGGUUCACUGGUACGCUGGUCGGACUAGCCGGACUACAAGAACUGGUUCUGGAUCAGAAUCAUAUCGAAGAUAACAUCAGCUGUUUCGCUGAUUUAAGAUUAACUUCUCUCAGCUUGAACUCUGUCAUUUCUACUACUUAUACUAUAAAGUUGCCAGUUUCUGUUCUUAAUCUCAGUCUUUCUUGCUGUCCUCUUGGCAGCCAUAACUUGCUCUCACUCUCUUCCUGUCACCAUCUUCAAUCGCUUAACGUGUCCGCCUCACUAACUUCAAGCAAUGAUGUAGAAUCACUCGCGAGGUAUGGAGGCAUUUAAUUAUAACACAUGCCCGAGGGUAAAUCAUGUAUGCUUAUAAAUUAAAUGCUAGUUGAUUUGAUUCUCCAUCACUUUUGUUAAUUAUAUUUUUGAUUCA